CCCUGAUCCGAGAGACAGGCAGUCCGCUGGCGGACGACCGCGUCCCUGGGGUCCUCACAAGCUGGCCCUCCUGAUACCUUUCAGGGAGAGGUUUGAGGAGCUGCUGGUGUUUGUCCCCUUCAUGCACACCUUCUUGAACAACAAGAAAAUACUGCAUAAGAUCUUUGUAAUCAACCAGAUGGAUCACUAUCGGUUCAACAGGGCCUCUCUCAUUAACGUUGGUUACACGGAGAGUGGUAACGACACUGAUUACAUCGCCAUGCAUGAUGUGGACUUGUUACCUCUGAAUGAAGCUCUGGACUAUGGUUUCCCAGAGGAGGGCCCUUUCCACGUGGCCUCYCCAGAGCUGCACCCCCUGUAUCACUACAAGACAUACGUGGGAGGAAUCCUGCUGCUCACCAAACAGCAUUAUCACAUGUGCAACGGCAUGUCCAACCGGUUCUGGGGAUGGGGGAGAGAAGACGAUGAAUUCUACAGGAGACUAAGAAUUGCUGGAUUACAGCUCUUCAGGCCCAGUGGGAUAAAAACAGGGUAUAAAACCUUUCGCCACAUCCAUGACCCUGCCUGGAGGAAGAGAGACCAGAAGAGAGUGGCUGCACAGAAACAG